AUGAAGAAAUUAGAAUAUAGAAUUCUUGAAAGAACAAAAUUAUCUGUCCCAUAUUGUAAUUACUGUGUGAUUAGUGAUGAACCAGUUCUUGAUAAUGCUACUCAUGAAUUGGUGGCAUACCAUGAAGAUGGUUCUACUGCAGAUAUUGGCUCUAUUUGUGCUGAUUAUGGGAAAUUCAGAACACCUUCCACAAAAGAUAGGACUUCCCAAACUAUCGAAUUUUGUUUAGCAAAUAAAACCAAGAAACUUGAAAAUGAAUUGAAUACUGCCAAGAAGGAGCUGAAUAUUGAAAGAGAAGAAGAGUUAUUAGAUAAGAUAAAAAGUUUAGAAGAAAAAUUUAAUCAUCUAGAAGAAGAAAACAGGAAAUUAAAAGAUCAACAGAAUGGUCAAUUAAGG